UGUUAAUAAUUGUCGUAAAUCGUACUAUGUACUCAACUACUCAAACUCAUUAAUAUCCGUAAUCCGUGACUAUCGUGGUGUGCGGCUUUCAAUAUAUUACCACUAAACUUAACGUUUUAAUUUUAGGAAUCACUCACACCGAUUGAAGUUUUCUAAUAUCAAGCCCAUAUGAGAAAUCAUUUUCCUAUACUAUCCUGUAAUUACAAAAUAUAACCUGCUAGUAUUUUUAUUUCGUUCAGCAGUAAUCAAGACAGCCAUCAGGUUAUUAUGUUACUCAACAAAACCAGCAGGCUGGUGGGAUUCACGAAUCGCUCUCGAAAGUCCAAUAUGGAGAAUAAUUCCACGUCAGAUAUCGUAAUUUUGAGUGGCAAUUCACACCCCGAGUUGGCGGAUCUUAUAGCAAAUCGCUUAGGUGUACGUAAAGGAGGAUGUUCAGUCUAUCACAAAACAAACAGAGAAACUAUGGUGGAAAUAGCAGAUUCUAUCAGAGGAAAAAAUCUCUACAUUGUACAAACUGGAACAAAGGAUGUUAAUAACAACAUUAUGGAACUACUAAUUAUGGCCUAUGCAUGCAAAACUUCUUCAGCACGCUCCAUUGUUGGAGUAAUUCCAUAUUUACCAUAUAGCAAGCAGUGCAAGAUGAGGAAACGUGGAUGCAUUGUCACAAAACUAUUGGCUAAAAUGAUGUGUAAAUCAGGCCUUACACAUAUUAUUACAAUGGACUUACAUCAAAAAGAGAUUCAAGGUUUCUUUGAUUGUCCAGUUGACAAUUUAAGAGCGUCACCAUUCUUGUUGCAGUAUAUACAAGAAAGUAUCCCAGACUAUCGCAACUCAGUUAUAGUUGCCCGUAAUCCAGGCUCAGCAAAGAAAGCAACAUCAUAUGCUGAAAGACUGCGGCUUGCCAUCGCUGUCAUUCACGGUGAACAAAAGGAAGCAGAGAGUGAUGAAGUAGAUGGAAGAUAUUCUCCACCCUGCAUGUCGAGUGGAAAUAUCAGUGUGGACAAGUCUCGCACUAUGGAUGUAUCCGUUGGAGUUCCAGUGCAUCCAGCCAAAGAGAAACCACCAAUAAAUGUCGUUGGAGAUGUAGGUGGAAGAAUUGCUAUUAUGGUGGAUGAUAUGAUUGACGACGUCCAAUCAUUUGUAGCGGCAGCAGAAGUACUAAAAGAAUGUGGAGCAUACAAAAUUUAUGUAUUAGCGACACAUGGCUUGCUGUCUUCGGAUGCGCCACGACUUAUUGAAGACUCGCCCAUCGAUGAAGUUGUUGUAACAAAUACUGUACCCCAUGAGCUACAGAAGAUGCAAUGCAACAAAAUUAAAACCAUUGACAUAUCUGUACUGCUCAGUGAAGCUAUCAGACGUAUCCAUAAUAAAGAAUCAAUGUCAUAUCUCUUCAAAAAUGUCACUCUUGAAGAUUAGAAAUAUGUAAAAAAAAUAAAAUUUUUUGGUGUACCAUGUGAAAAGUUUUUAUAUAAGUAUUAUUAAGUAUUUGUUUAAGUAUUAUUAUAUAGCAGCAAAAGUUUAAGGUUUUUUUCAUUUAAGGAUCAGUACAGAGGUUAGUUUUAAUAUGCUUAAUUCUAAAUAUAUAAUUUAGUUCAUUUAGUUUAUAGAGAUUGAUAGUAAUUAAAAAUAAAUCAGGUUUUCAAAAGAUCGUAAAGUCAUUGGAUGUCGAUUUGUUGUAGGAUAGACUAAAUAGUUUAUUUUAUAAGUAUUUCAAGCUUUUGUAACGCAUUUUCAGAUAGCAGGAAUUAAAAUUUGAUCAAGCUUUUUAUUAAUUAUACUUCCUGUGAGAUAAAUAGUAGAAUAAUUAUGAUUAACUUUUUCAUGUUCAUCAUUAUUUGAUCUGCAAGUGACAUAGAAAAUUAUUAUACUUAACUGUGAUUUUGUAUUUAUAAUUAUGAGAAUCAAAAACUGUUAAUAUGUUUGAUAAAGUCCAAAGCUUAUAAAAAUAUAGGUUAAAAUAUGAUUGUAUAGAUU